AACCUCGUUUUCACGGGGGGCGGGGAGAAAGCGACCCCCGAGGGGGCGGCGCUCUGAGGGCCGCGUGCGCCGGGGGCAGGAACGGGGUAGAACCGGGGAGCCGGAGGGCUGCGGCUGGGCGGGGCCGAGGGGUCCGGGGGCGGGGCGGUCCCAGCCUCCCGCCUCGCUGAGGUGGCGGAAUGACGAGUCUGACGCGGGGGGUCGCCAUGGGUGGGCGGAGGAAGCCGCGCGAGGCGCGCUGCGUAGGGGGCGGCUCCACCUCGGUCGGGACUUGGUGUUUACCAGGAGACCAGCUGCUUUCUACCGGAGGACGGCGGGACACUCUGAGGGGAAGCAAGGACGCGGACGGACAGCUCGCAAGUGAGCUGACCCCGCCCGCGCGAGGGACGGCGGGAGGAUGCUGGUGGUGGAGGUGGCGAACGGGCGCUCCCUGGUGUGGGGGGCCGAGGCGGUGCAGGCGCUGCGCGAGCGCCUGGGCGUGGGGGGCCGCACGGUGGGCGCCCUGCCCCGCGGGCCCCGCCAGAACUCGCGCCUGGGCCUCCCGCUGCUGCUGAUGCCCGAAGAGGCGCGGCUGCUGGCCGAGAUCGGCGCCGUGACCCUGGUCAGCGCCCCGCGCCCGGAUCCGCGCCAGCACGGCCUGGCUCUGGCAUCCUUCAAGCGCCAACAAGAGCAGAGCUUCCAGGAGCAGAGCGCCUUGGCCGUGGAGGCCCGGGAGGCCCGGCGUCAGGAGCUGCUGGAGAAGAUCGCGGAGGGCCAGGCCGCCAAGAAGCAGAAGCUGGAGCAGGAGGCGGGGGCCGGCGGGGCGCGGGAGGCGGCCGCAGGGCAGGCCCAGGAGGGCCAGGCUUCCGGGGAGCAGGAGGAGGCAGCCCCCUCGUCUUCCCAGCCAGGGCCUUCCGGUGGGGCGGCCCCCUUGCCCAGGUCCGCUCUGCUCGUCCAGCUGGCCACCGCCAGGCCGCGACCGGUCAAGGCCAGGCCGCUGGACUGGCGCGUGCAGUCCGAGGACUGGCCGCACGCCGGCCGGCCUGCCCACGAGCUGCGCUACAGCAUCUACAGGGACCUGUGGGAGCGCGGCUUCUUCCUCAGCGCCGCGGGCAAGUUCGGCGGCGACUUCCUGGUCUACCCAGGCGACCCGCUCCGUUUCCACGCGCACUACAUCGCCCAGUGCUGGGCCCCCGACGACCCCAUCCCCCUGCAGGACCUGGUCUCUGCCGGCCGCCUGGGCACCAGCGUGAGGAAGACCGUGCUGCUCUGCUCCCCGCAGCCCGGCGGCAAGGUGGUCUACACCUCCCUGCAGUGGGCCGGCCUGCAGUGAGCGCCCUGGCCCGUCGGACUCUGCAUCCUUCCGGCUCCCCGCCGCGAGCUCUCAGUGGCUGUGCUGGUGUCGUUGUGACCGGUUCCCAAACUGUGGGCUUCUGGGACCCGGCGUGUUCAUCUGUUCCUGCAGGGCCUCGGUCCCAGGAGGCCUCAAUAAACUUGUGGACUCACCCUGA